AUGGAAUGGUUUACCAACUUCCUGUUCAAUCGGUCACAAAUUGUCAACUAUAACGGUUCGUUGUCAGAGAAAUUCCAACUGACAUCAGGGGUCCCGCAGGGGUCCAUCUUGGGGCCUCUCUUAUUCAUAUUGUACAUAAAUGACAUUGACGAUCGCCUAAGUUGUGCAAAUAUUAUAAAGUAUGCUGAUGAUACCGUCUUGUUUCUAGCUGGCCGGGACGUCGGUGAAAUUGAAGAGCAACUUACUAAAGAAAUGCAAAAGGUUGCUCAGUAG